AUGGACUUAACGAAACGUGAUAUUCCUCCAGCCAUGGAUGCUGAUAUAGAGGCCCUCUUGCUCCAAAGCAGUGUGCUCCCGCUGCUCCACCCUAAGUGUUAUAGUCCUCGAUGCUUUUCUCUUCGUCCUGUCCUGACAAGUCCUUACCUAAAUCUUUCCCAUAGUGUACCACCGUGCCCUACAGCUGCUGCCGUGCCGCACCUGGCGUCACCGCCGGCGCCCCAAACCCCGCCCCGCCUCCGGCGCCUCAAUCUCCCCGCCGACGCCUCAGUCCGGCGCUCCACUCCCCCUGCCUCCCCACCCCCGACAACCCCGCCUCUCACACGCGUCGCUGCCGUCGCCGUUCCCGUUCUUCCUCGUCGGGACACCGGGUCUCCACCCCGUCCGCAGUCUUUGGCCACUGAGUUUUGA